AGAGUGACGGCCGACUUCUCUGUUCGGUGUUUAAGACUUUAAGCAGUUAUACCGCUUAGAGAGAGAACCAAAAAUGGGAGCUCUUACAGCUGCUGCUCAUGUCCCUUCACUUUAUAUCCCACCAACAUCAACUAUACUCCACAGGGUCCGAUUCACAAAAACCACUAGUCCUAAUAUUCCCAUCUCAUCAAGAAACAUGUCAAAGUUCAAACCUUUGAAUACCUUAUCAUCAUCCACAGUCUCAAUAGAUUCCAUGGACCCUCCUGAUCCAGAGCUUGACGCUGAAACUGAGGGGGACAAAUUUGAUUGGUAUUCAGAGUGGUAUCCGGUUAUGCCGGUAUGUGAUUUGGAUAAGAGGGUGCCGCAUGCAAAGAAAGUGAUGGGGCUUGAUUUGGUGGUGUGGUGGGAUAGAAAUGAAAGUGAAUGGAAAGUGUUUGAUGAUUCUUGCCCUCAUCGGUUGGCUCCACUGUCUGAAGGGAGAAUUGAUCAAUGGGGAAGACUGCAAUGCGUGUACCAUGGGUGGUGUUUCAGUGGCUCCGGUAACUGCAAAUUCAUUCCUCAGGCACCUCCAGAUGGACCACCGGUUCACACAUUCAAGAAAGCAUGUGCUGCUGUUUAUCCAAGUACGGUGCAAAAUGACAUUGUCUGGUUUUGGCCAAGUACUGACCCUCAGUACAAAAACAUACUUACGAGGAAAAAACCCCCUUAUAUCGCAGAGUUGGAUGAUCCAUCAUACACUAAGUUAAUGACGAACCGGGAUAUUCCUUAUGGGUAUGAGAUCUUGAUUGAAAAUCUAAUGGAUCCUGCUCAUGUUCCAUAUGCACAUUAUGGAAUAAUGCGAGUUCCACAACCCAAAAACAGAUAUGCAACUACAUGCGCCUUUUUUUAUUAUGUCCAUUUACCUUCAAAUAGUCAUGUUUUAUGAAUAACACUGAGUCCUUUUCACAGUUAAGGCUGAUAGAGAAGGAGGCAGACCAAUUGAAAUGAGUGUACAAAAAUUAGACAAAAAUGGUUUCAGUGGAAAGCAGGAAAUAAGCACCAGCAGAUUUAUUGCCCCUUGCAUAUAUUAUUCUUCCCUUAGUCUAGGGAUGAAUCAAAGUGCUGGAGUAGAUCAAGUUAAUGGAUCCUUGUCAGCAGCUGGAAAGAAAAAGGAGCCAUCAACUGGAGUCCAACAAAGACGAGUACUACUAGUUUUCAUUUGCAUUCCAGUUAGUCCAGGGAAUAGCAGAUUGAUAUUCACAUUUCCAAGAAAUUUUGGAGUUUGGAUUGACCAAAUUGUUCCAAGAUGGAUGUUUCAUGUGGGACAAAAUUUGAUCCUUGAUUCAGACUUGUAUCUUCUUCAUGUAGAGGAGCGCAAGAUAAUCAAUGUUGGCCCUUCCAAUUGGCAAAAGGCUUGUUUUGUGCCAACAAAGUCAGAUGCUUAUGUUAUUGGCUUUAGAAAGUGGUUAAACAAGUUUGCAGGAGGUCAGGUUGAUUGGCGAGGCAAAUUUAGUGGAGUCUUACCACCUUCUCCUCCUAGAGAACAACUGAUGGACAGGUACUGGUCUCACGUAGUUAACUGUACCAGCUGCAGUGCAGCACAUAAGGGUCUUAAAGCUCUUGAGGUUGUGCUUCAGGUUGCCUCAAUUGCAUUGAUCGGGAUUGUUGCUGCAACUAAACAGGGAGUAAUCUCACCAGUUGCAAGACCUACAUUGGUCUCCAUUGCAAUAUUAUGCUUUGCUGCUUCCAAAUGGUUAUCCCACUUCAUCUACAAGAAUUUCCAUUUCCAUGACUACAACCAUGCACUGCGCUGAACAUAAACUACGGAGCUUCAAGAAUACCAUAUCCGUUGCCGUUGACAAGGACCGAGCCAGAAAUUCAAGUUAAGGAAGGCAAAAAGUUAAAAUUUUUUGUGAGUUAUUUUUUACUUUACAUUAGUAUAAUUUAUACUAGUUUCUAUAUCGGCUAUUAAUUUUAUGUACGUACUAUUUAAGUUAUACAUGUAAAACUUUAAAAUAAUUAGAUAUAUUUAGU